CUAAAAUUUACAGAAAUUGCCUCUCAGCUCCGUUUUUCCCAUCUCAGCUCUCUCCUUGAAGGCUGUAUUUCUGCAUAAUUUUCCUGUUUCUUUCGGUUCCAAAUCGAUCAUUUCUGGGAGACCAAGCCUGUGCUGUUUUUGUGCCAGUGAGGAAGUCAUCAUGGUUCCACGUAAAUUGUAUAUUAAGCUCAAUGUCAUCUUUGCGAUCGUUCUGUUGCGUUUGGAGUACGUUCUUGGAACCUGCAUCGAACGCGACGAACAAAUACAAAAGUAUUUGACUUCUUCCAAGCCUCCUUUUGACAAUUAUCUUAACAUAUCGAAGGCUGUUUAUCCUUCUGUGGAUCUCCCAUCUUUGCUGAUCGACAUCACGGUGAAAUUCCUGAAGACAGCUGGCAAAAAGUCAAAUGGAAGUAAUAGUUUGAGCACUUUAGAGCAAAAUGUUUCUCGAUCAACGACAUUUGAAAUCAGGAAAUUUAAGUGGAGUAUGUCAUGCUUGUACGUCAGCGGAGGAAUUAGCCUAUCCGCUAUGAACUGGUUUUCCCUGGGAGCGAUUUAUCCAAACAGAAGAGGAAGUAAAUUGCACAUAACUCUGCCACAAUUUUGCAAUGGCUUUUCCGUCGACAGACAAGUUACAAUGAUGUACUUCCUUUCCACGCUGCAGGAUAUAGCAGUCAAUCCAUCAGUUUCAGAUCCAAGAUUGAACACGGUUGAGUGCGUGAUCCCAGGCCAUAGGAAAGGUCCACACCUUUCUGGUGUAAAGCAAUUGUUGCAUGGUGUUUGUUGGAGUUUACUGGUUAUCAGCCUCACCAUGAGUACUUUGACAUCACAAUGGAUAAUAGUGGAGCUGAAGUCAUGGGACAGUAGUAAGAUUGCAGCAGCUAUGCUUCUUUCUACACUCCUUUUUCUGGGGGGACUUUUCAUUAAUCUUUACACAUGGAUAUCAGCAACAGAUGUUGAAAAUGAACAAGACAUCUAUGUCAAGGUGUUCUUUGGAUUUAUAUGUUUUGUGCUUCUCCGACGCGUAGGUUGGUGUAUGUGUGUACAGAAAAAAUUGAAGUGUUUUAGUGAACUAAACUUAACUAAGGGCCAUGGGAAGAUGACUACAGAGAACCUUUUUUCUGGUGUUGUACUUUAUCCAGCAGUAUUCAUAACAUAUCAUCAUUUACUGUGGAUUUUGCUUGGUAUGAUAACAGAGCCAUUUUGGGGUUUUACUGUUUUAGUGGCUGUUAUUUCUCUAUGUGCUACAUUUUUCUUCUUUGUUUCAGAACUGUAUUGUGUUUUCCCUAAAAAAUUUUAUUCCUCUGGAAAAUGUAAAGAAACAUUUAUAUUUGUCAUGUCUUUCUUUUUGAUUGUAGCCGUCCUCUUUGCGUUUGUGUUGUUUAUGCUUGAUCUGUUUGCAGUAGCACAGGCUUCUAUGGGUGAGAGUUUGAUUUCAACACUGAUUCAGAAUAUUUUGACAUUUGUUGUAACUGCAUGGUUGGGAUAUAUGAAUAUUCUAACAAAAUCAAACCCGGGAGAUAAAAGAGAAGGAGGAGAUGAAUGUGACGGAAAUGGAGCAGAGGGAACAGGAGGAGAAGGUAAUAAAGGGUCUGCAAAUGGAAAAACUAAAAGAAGAAAAAAAGGGAUGAAAAAAGAGGAAGUACCCUUGCAGGUACGCAGUCAAAAACUCCUUGAAACGGCAUAAAAUCCCAUGCAGACUAGCAUCCUAUCCUACAUUGCUUUAUACUUCAGAAACUGAUGAUACGCACAAAUAGUUAGCAGACUUAACCCAUACCCCUAUCACUCUUUGUUGUCACAUUUACUUGGGUAUCCCUUCCUCAACACACUUAAUAUUUUUAUUUUCUGAAGAACCGUUUUUAUCACUUAACUGUGGAUCAAUCACCAUAGAAUUACUUUUGCUCGAUUUUAAGUCUAUUAAAUAAUAGUCAUAACAUUGUGAUUCAUGAACUGUCUUAGUUUUAGAUUGUAACUGUAAUAAAUUCUUGUAUCCACAAUUAAAGAGAGAUAAAUGAAUAC